UAGGACGUUGACUUCACGUUUUGUGGAUUCUCGUGUAUCCGGCCCGGAGCUGAACCGGAGAGGGCCUGCUGGCCGCUGGACCUUGCCGGCCACCGCUGGGACUCCCAGUGCCAUUCAUCAAACUGAGGGGUCAUUGACAUGUACAUACCGGUGCUGGCAGGUUACAUGUGACAUGACAAAAAUAAUCCAAUGGGUCACCACGAUGGCUUCAGAGACUCCGAAAUCUGCAGUGUCUUUGGUUGAACAAGGGUCAAUUUUAAAUAACUCUUCGCUCCACCUGGUGGGCUAUUUGGGAAAAAAUUUUGAGACCACUACAACUUCUCCAGAUGGAUACUGUCCAGUAUGCAAGGCCAAAGACAAGAAGCAAGCACUCCGUACAUACCGGCUUAAUUUCACUCAGUCAAUAUACCUGUGUUCUGAUCCUCAGUGUAUUUAUCCCUUGGGAUACACACCUUUGGAUGACGUAAUUAAAAACACGGAGGACUUAAAGAAAUCAUGUCACCAAAGCAAGCAGAAAAAGCGUAAUUUCUUGGAAACCUCUCCAACCAACAAAGCUUGUAUUAAGAAAAUGAAAACUGAUCCUUCUGUCUUUAUGGACUUUGACUCAAAAAAUAACUUUUCUUGUUCUCAAGUAAACUCUAAACAUGCACCUCUCACUGUGACACCAGCAAGUGGAGUAACAAUGGUACCUAACCCUUCCAUGUUUUGUUUAAAUGAUUACAGACUGCAGACAGAGCAAAACUUGAUGGAAAGUUUAAGCCAUUGCAGUAGUAGUACCACAACAUUAUUACUGAAUGGGAAACGUGAAUCCCCAGAUGAUGAACCAAAACGGGAGUUUUCACAGGAUCAUAAAAUGCUCCAUGUAAAAGAAAUGCAAAAAGAGUUUACUAGACUUAAUGAUUUAAACGAUGGUACUGCUAGCAACAUUUCAAAACUUACAAGCAUGUUGAUUAAUGGGCAUGAAGAAAAUAUGGGCAAUAGUUCCGAUAAAGUAAAUGCCAGUGUUAUCAAUGACUAUUCUGAAGUACAGGAAAAUAGACCCACUGCAUUCAGUUCAGUGACUGAAAAGAUUGUAUGUGAACCUUCUGUUCUAAUGCAUGUGAAGUAUGGCGUUGAAACUAUGAAUGCAACAUGCUCUUCAAUUCCAAAUUCUGAACUUAUAGAAGCUAUUGGUUCCAAUCUCGGUGGUCAGAUUGCUGGGGAAGUGACUGGUUCUCUUAAAUGUACAUUUCAGAACUCUGAGCCUGAAAAAGAUGGGCAAGAAGACUCCGCUUUGGAAGUGUUUAGUGCUUCGGUCAACAUGGUGGAGUUAAGUGAGGAUAAUCUAAAUCUAUCCGACACAUUAAUAGAAUGCAAAGUAUCAGAACCAGUGGGUUUAACCAAGCAUGGUCAAAGUCCAUGUAACCCUAAAGAUUCUGCCAGUACCCUGCAAUUUGAACAUGGUUUGCAAGAAAGUUCAUUGGUCAAGGUGGGCACUGAAGCAGCUGUUGUACAUGGCAAUGGAAGUAUAACUCUAUCAGACUCCUCAUUAACAGAAUGUAAAGUAUCAGAACCAGUUUGUUUACCUGCACAUGGGCAUAGUCCAUGUAACCCUACAGAUUCACCCAAUUUCCUGGAGCAAAGCAGAUCUGAGCAUGGUUUACAAGAAAGUUCAUCGAACAAAGUGUGUAGUGAAGCUGCUGUUGUGCAAGGCAAUGAAAGUAUGACUCUGUCAGCUAUGUCGUUAAUAAACUGUAAAGUAUCAGAAUCCCUUUGUUUGCCCGAACAUGGGCAAAGUCCAUGUAAUCCUAUAGAUUCUCCUGAUCUGCAAAAAAGGCGGUCCGAACAUGGUUUGCAAGAAAGUUCAUCGAUGAAAGUGGGCACUGAAGCACAUGUUCAGAACUCUGAGCCUGAACAAAACGGGCAAGAAGACUCUGCUUUGGAAGUUUUUAGUCCUUCAGUCAACAUCGUGGAGCGAAGUAAUGAAAAUCUAAAUCUGUCAGACACAUUAAUAGAAUGCGAAUUAUCAGAACCAGUUUGUUUAACCAAGCAUGGCCAAAGUCUAUGUAACCCUAAAGAUUCUGCCAAUACCCUGCAAUUAGAACUUGGUCUGCAUGAAAUUUCAUCGAUCGAAGUGGACACUGACGCAGCAGCAGCUGUUCUUGGUAAUGAAAGCAUGACUCUGUCAGACAAAUCAUUAACAGAAGAUAAAUUAUCAGGACCAAUUUGUAUAACCAAGCAUGGACAUAGACCAUGGGACCAUACAGAUUCUCCUAUCCUCCUGCAACGAAGGAUGUCUGGAUAUGGUUUGCAGGAAAGUUCCUUGAACGAAAUGUGUAAUGAAGCAGCUGUUGUGCAAGCCAUUGAAAGAAUGACUUUGUCAGACACAUCGUUAAAAGAGUGUAAAGUAUCAGAACCAGAAUAUAACACUACAGAAUCUCCUAAUCCCCUGCAAAAAAGGAGAUCUGAGUGUGGUCUGCAAAAAGGUUCAUCAAUCAAAGUGUUAACUGAAGCAGCUGUUGUGCAAGGCAAUGAAAGUGUGACUCUGUCAGACACAUCAGUAACCGAAUGUAAAGUAUCAGAGCCAGUUUGUUUAACCGAGCAGGGACAAAGUCCAUCUAACUCUACAGAUCCUUCUAAUCUGCAGCAAAGGAGAUCUGAAUUUGGUCUGCAAGAAAGUUCCUUGAUCAAAGUGUGCACUGAACCAGCUGCUGUUCAAGGCGAUGAAAGCGUGACUCUGUCAGACACAUCAUUAGCAGAAUGUAAAGCAUCAGAGUCAGUUUCUUUAACCGAACCGGGACAAAGUCCUUGUAACUCUACAGAUUCAUCUGAUUUGCCAGAAAAUUCCUUAAUUGAAGUGAACACUGAAGUGGAUGUUGUACUAGUCAAUGAAAAUAUGACUCUGUCAGACACAUCAUUAACAGAAUGUAAAGCAUCAGAGUCAGUUUGUUUAACCGAGCAGGGACAAACUCCUUGUAACUCUACAGAUUCAUCUGUUCUGCUGCAAAUGAAAUCUGAUUUGGCAGAAAAUGCCUUUAUUGAAGUGAACACUGAAGUGGAUGUUGUACUAGUCAAUGAAAACAUGACUCUGUCAGACACAUCAUUAACAGAGUGUAGCCCAACACAUUCUCUUAAUCCCCUGCAACAAAGGAGAGCCGGACAUGGUUUGCCAGAAAAUACACCAGAUGAAGUGGGUACUGAAGCAACUUUUGUGCAAGGCAAUGAAAGUAUAAAGCCAAACGGUGCUUUAUUAGUUAAAUAUGAAAUACAUAGAACCCCUGAUUUGGUUCAAAUAUGUCAAAGAGAAGUUAAGCAUGCUGGCUCUCCUAGUUUGGUGUCCAUACCAGUGGAAGGAAAUUCAUUGAUGGAAGUGUGCAAUACUGAUCUUGUUACAACUCUCCCUUCAGUAAACACCUGCAAUACAAAAAUAGUUCUCUCCUCCUUAGGAGACACAAUAAUGGAUAGCCCUAUCAAGCAAAAUAAUGUGGUGGCAAUGGCAAGCCCUUUCAACCAAGUUCACACUGAAGACUCUAAAGAUGUCCCAGAGCCAGAGAUGUCUUCACUUGUGCCUGUCUUGCAGAGAAAAUGUGUAAACAUCACUGCAGAAAAAUCGUGUCCUACAGAUAAUGCACCAGAAGAGCCAUUGCUGGAUCCUCAGCCAGCUUCAGAGAAGGCUAAUCCCCAAACUCAGAAUAAAACCUGCAAAUAUCUCCAGUGGAGAAACAAAUUUUCUCUUUGUUGGUUAAACUGCAUGUUGGCUUUUUUGGUUCAUUCCAGCACACUCAAGAGCUUUGUGGCAGAAAGUGGUUUUACGGAGGAAUCAGUCAUUCAUAUACUUUUUGCAAAAUACAAGGAAGCAAAUGCUAUAGUGACAUCGACCGGCCACAGAAGCAAACGAGGUUAUCCCAAAAAACUUUCUGCAGCUCAAAAAUGUCUGGAGGAAGUCAGAAUGGUACUCUUUGACACAAUCAAGAUUCCGUUGAAGUGCAAGUUGGGAGAUAAAGAGACCCCAGUCUUUGCAUUACCUUUGCUACUGAAGCAGGAUCCCAAGUUUGAGGAGCUAUUUGUGCAUUCUUAUUCAUGGAGUUUUUCCUGUAACUUAUGUGGAUACCAACAUCAGGAGUGCUGUGAGAAAACUAUGACUACAUUUACAAAUAUUGCCCCAGAUUGGAAUCCUCUGAAUGCAGUACACAUCGCUCCUUGCAACAAAUGUCAGGACACUGGUCAGAAACGGAAAAUGAAUUUAGAAAAGAUACAUUCUAUAUUCAUGGUUCAUUUUGUGGAAGGAUUACCAAGCAACAAUCUAACGUUGUAUUCAUUUAAGUUUGAAGAACACUUGUAUGAAGCUAAAGGAGUUAUCCGUUAUCAUGGUGACCAUUUUUCGACUUGGAUUGCAAGCAAUGAUGGAACAUGGAUGGAGUCUGAUGACCUGAGAGGAUCAUACUGCAAAAACCAUUUGUGUUUUGGAGUCCCACCUGCUGAAAUUCAUAUAGUAAUUUGGGAGAGGAGUACUUCAAAGUUUACUGAAGAGGAAAAUCAAAAAUCCACAGAGGGAGAUGACUGCCAUGCACUUUCUAGCCACUCUGUAUCACCUUCUGGUCAAAUCCCAUCUCCUGCUUCAACUCAAUUGCCGAAAGAAAAUUCUUCUGUUCUUCAAGCUGAAUCACUUACCCCAAAGAAGUCAGAUUUACUAUUUGGAUUUGAGGGUUAUGCUGAUGAUGACAUUAUUACGCUAACUCUUACAGAGAUUCCAGUUGACUCUCUAGGAAAGCCAAAAGAAACUGAUCUUGCUCCAGUCAUUGUAACUCCUGCAGAACAUGCAAAUGGAAUGGCAACAGUCUCUUCCAAUUCAAAUACUUUAAAUGUUCCUUGUGCUGUUGAUCACAUACAGUCAUCUGGCAUACUGGAACCUGAUGUGGCAAAUUCAGUUAAGAUAUUGCAUACGAAACCUGCAAGCCAUUCUACCGAUCCAUCCCCUAACAGCGUAGCAUCUGUUAAACCUGCAAACCUCUCUGCUGAAACUUCACCAAACACUGCCAAGAAGGGGGUAGUGGGCAGCUGGGUGAAGAGUCUGCUAAAUAAGAAUCCUUCACUAGCUUCUACCUUAAUGGUUUCAAAUACAAAAAAUACAACCAUUAAUAAAGACUAUUGCUCCCCUCUGAAGCUAACUGAUGCAAAGAAGGCACAAAGUUUUGGUGCAUUUAAAGCAAAGGGUGUCUUAGGUAAUAACCAUGCAAAGGACACACAAUUAUCACUUCAAAAUGGAACCUCCGUUAGAUCACUUAUGCCAAAAGAUAACACCAGUCCUUCUGAUCAGACUUUUCAUACACCUAGCAUUCCAAAUCAGUUGACACGGGGGCGCAAUGAAACAAAUAAUGGUAGGUUGCAGACAAAGGAUCGACGCUCGUAUUCUGAGGAUAAAAUUCGCAAGCUUAGAUUAAAAUUGUUAAAGAAGCUAAAGGCUAAGAAAAACGAGCUGGCUACCUUGGAGACACUUGCAAAAACUCAGCAUAAUAAUUCUACAGCAGAUCAAAUGAAUCCUGCUCCCCAAGCAAACGUCUUCAAGCGGCGUGAUCACUUGCGGGGCUUUCUUCAGGAGUUACAAGAUCAUAUCGAUAACGCUGACAAUGAAUCUGUAUGUACCAUGAGUUCCAAUGCAUCCCUUUGCAGCAGCCCAGGAGACGCAGAGUUCUUUGCUGAGUUAUUUUCUCCGUCAUCCACUACCACUGUCAAAGAGAACGAUGAUGAUGGCAGAUUUCUAGAAAUGUUAGUCGAUGGGUUUAGCACAUCUGUACCCAGUUACCCAACAGACUCUCCCCAGUUAAGUGUUAAUAACUUUGCCACGUGCAAUCCACCCCCUCAAAAGCCUUGCUCAGGAAGUACUAGUAGUAUCACAAAUAGCAGUUUUGAAAAUUCAGCCAUGGAUGAUCACUUUGAUUUCCUCUCAAUGGAGACGAUGAACGAAGAAAGCCAUUAUAUUGAUUCUUUUGAUGAUAUUUUUUAAAACGAAAUGCUGCCUGUUGUGUUGAAGUUGAUUCUGCCAUAUCUUGACUUUUUGUGAACUGUAUUUCAAUUAUACCGUUGUAAAAUAUAUUUAUUUUAUUGCACUUAACUUUUAUUUUUUUUUAAAUGUGUAUGUUUUCAGAAAUAAAGUUAAAAUUCUGUUUGAGAAAAGAACAUUUGCGAUAUCGAAUAGACACAAUUGAAGAGACUGGGCUUUAUGAAGGGAUUUUGAUGACUUGUAUAAGCUUAAUGUGUAGCAGGAUUUCAAGAUUCCUUAUCCAACCUUCAUAUUACCAGGACUUGG